AUUCAAAUUUUGUGAGAAAUUUCAAAGCGCAGAUAAUUGGGUUUGAAGUAAAGACAAACUUCAACAGAACUGGAAUACAAAGAACUGGAAGAUUACGUGAGGGAAGAAUUGAAGAAUGGAUGUCGCAGAAAACACACGUAGAACCAAGAAACGAUCCGUGCCAGAGACCGUCGUCGCUGCUUUAGUAGUCUUUUCCGUUUUUGUUACCAACAUAUUAGUAUUUGGUUUCAUCGCUGUUCUACCAAUUUACUUCGUAGAAUUCAAGAAGGUUUUUCCGGACUUACACAAUCUUGUGCUUUUGAUAAUAUUUUUACCUCCAAGUGUAUUUGGUGUUGUUAGUUUCAUGACUGGAAUUGUUCUCUCUAAAUUUGGCGUAAGAACCACUGGCAUUGUGGGAAGCCUUUGGUUUGCCAUUUCUAUUGGCGUCCCAUCGUUCUCUUCGAGUAUUUAUGUUUUAUUGGGAUGUUUCAGUAUUUUAUCAGGAAUUGGUUGUUCUGCUCUCAGUCUAUCAGCAAAUGCUGGAUUAGCAGCUUAUUUCGGUGAAGAUAGUCGUAAAUUUAUUGCAUUUGCUGCGGUCGGAAAAGCUCUUGGAUAUAUAAUUUUUCCAAUCCUUACCAAUUACUUCAUUGAACUCAUGUUCUGGCGCGGAAGUCUUCUUCUCCUGGCUGCUACUUUCAUACACACUCUGCCAUGUGCUCUCAUGUAUUCUACGGAUACGUAUAAAAUCACGGGGAGAGAAAAUUUACUUGUAAGUGAAAAUAACGUGCAGAAUGAUUUUUACACUUCUGAAGAACCAUUUGAAAGAGUUGGUGACGAUCAGAAUGAAACGAUAUCGAACAAACUAGAAAUAUCCGAAGAGAAUAAUACAUCCUUGAAUCAUAACGAAGAAAACUAUUCAAAUGCAAAAUAUAUUCGUGGGGUUGUUAUUAAGGCCUUAAAAUAUAACAACGAACCAUUUGUUAUAAAUAAUACACAACCUGACAAAGAAGAUUGUUUGGGUAUCGAAGAGACAGCUAUAAAUUCUAUAAAAUCUGAAGACGAGGAGAUUGAUGUUCGAAGUGACAAGUUUGAAACGGAAGAAAAAUCUGAUUCGAAAUUUUCUGCGAAAAUUAUUACAGUUUUAACAAACUUUAACUUCCUUUUAUUUCUUUUCGCACUUGUUAUAACUUACAGUAGUGUUAUAACAACAACAGCUAUCGUACCUGAUUAUUGCGUACAACAAGGGCUGAGUCAAGCAGAAAGUGCCCGUAUAUUUUCAGUGGGAUCGUUCGGUUAUGUCUUUGCUUGUUUCUUCUCCAGUUGGCUCAUACAUAAAAACAUUGUCCCAAGCAGGAUUAUAUUUAGUACUGCAGCCACCAUGAGCGGAUUACUGAUCUGUGUUUAUCCUUCGUUGUCUACUGCCAUAUAUUUGACUUUGCUAACAUUUGCUGUGAUGUUCACAAGUGGCCUCAUAUUCUCUACAUAUCUUGUAACUAUUAUGGAUUACUUCGAAAUCCGAUAUUUUUCGAUAAGUAUGGGAUUUGGAGAAACAGUAAUUGGAAUCGGCAUUUUAACUUUUGGAUAUCUGAUAGGAAUCUUCUCAGAAUACAUGAACACUUACGAAUACAGCUACUAUGUGAUUGGGAUCGGGCCAAUUAUUUCGGUUCAACCCAUUUUAAUUCCAUUCUUAUUUAGCAGACUACUAACUAAGCACACACUCACAUAUUCUGUGAAUAAUGUCGAUAAUAAAUGCUGAAGGAUGGCCAAAUUCCAAAGAACGAUAUUUCAAAACAUAUAAAAAGAACUUCCUUCCAUAAUAUGAUCCUGGAAUAUUCACACUUGAAAAAUCAUGUUCGUAGAAGUUGUUGAUAAUGAAAAUGAUAACAAUAACAUUAAUAAUAAUAAUAAUAAUUAUGGUAAUAAUAAUACAAACGAUCAGCAUUAAAAACUUUAAUAUCUACAU